GCAUGCGUACAAAGUUAAUCAAUAACUUAAUUGGUGAUUUCUAAACUGACAUUUUGAAAGGCACUAGAUAUGUUUGGCAUCACUGUUCAUUACUGUUUUUGAGCGCCAUCAAGCGGGAAAAAUAUCUACGAAUUUAAAACGCAAAAAGAAAUGUCAAUAAAUAUUUUAAUGCUUUUGCAACUGAGCGCACAGUUAUAAAACAAGGAAUUAAAUUAAAACUUUUAAACUAUUGGAAUACAUUUCAGAAAAAUGUCUAUAUACUUCAGUGGAUGUCGUACGCGCUCAAAUGGUGUAUUAGCAGCAAUUGGUAAACAAUUAAAAGGAGUCAAUCUAAAAGGAGUGAAGAGAAUAACAAUAACAUUCGACCCGUUCGCGGAAAAUGUGAAGUCAACGAGAGAGCUGCUAUUUCUACUAACAACACCUAAAGUACAAAAGACGAAUCCUAAUUGCCUUAUUAAAAGUGACAUUGUCUGCAAUCGAGCACCAUCGGAAGUCAAAUUUUCGCUAAUUGAAUCUGCUCAAGAAUUGGCAAAAGUCAAGGAAGUGCGUUUCGUUAGUGAUAAUUUAAACACAUUGGAGCUGCUGCAACUCUGUAACAAACAUAUAACACCAUUAGCUCCUGUGGAGGACUUGGUUGUUAAAACUCUUACGAAAGCCGAAAAACAAAAACUGAGUAGUGCUGGAAAGAAAGGACAAAGGAGGAAAUAAACAAAUUCCAUUACCGCAAUCUAUUA